GAGGAGCCGGGCAUGCUGCAGGUGGAGAUGGAUCAAAUACACUAUAGACUGUGAGAAAGGUGUGAAGGACGCGUUUGGGGCGGAUUUCUAUUGACUCCAGCUGCUGAAGCUGUCACCAUAAAUCAGCAGGCUGGUAAUGACCGAGUGACUGUGUGCUCUGCUCUCCAGACUUCAAGCUUCUUUUUCUUCUAAAGAGGGAUUUCGCGCCGUUUUCAUGGACGUAUAACACGCUUCAGUGAGGAGUUUUUUUCACCACUUUUGCCGUUUUCCAUUGCAAAGAUGGGAGUUUUCCGAGCGCAGGCAGUGCACGGCAUGCUGGGUGGUUGAGAUAUCAUCUGUUGCUGCAGCCGGCUUCAUCAAAAGCGCGAUCAGUCAAAAGCCCGCUUCAUUUGGACCCAGCAUGCUUGGGAGAUGUCUUUAACGGUUCCUAAAGCGCGUUUGAUCUGAGCAGAAAUGGAUUGUCCAACAUUGUCAUUGGAGGCAGCGAUCGUUUUUCCACGUUGGAUUGUGAAGACCCUCAGCUCUGCGUGUUCAGCAUGAUCUGCUGCACUCCUCCUGCUUAAAAGCACACAUUGCUCGGUCAGGUAAGGCUUUUUUUUUCUUCUGAGAGCACCUCCACCAUCACCUCCCGGAAUCACGCCGACUUCUCGCCCAGCACGCCCCUUUCUUCUUGAAGCGCAGAUGAUGAUGAUGGAGGACGACGAGCUGGAGGCGCAUCAGGUUGACGCUGACCCGGACCUGGAGCCCCAGAGCCGGCCUCGCUCCUGCACAUGGCCGCUGCCCCGUCCAGAUGCCUUCCCCGAAGGAGCGGAGCUGCUGGUCAAGGCGGAGCCGGACAGCGCGUCUUCGUGCCGCGAAGCGCUGCCCUGUGCGCCCGGACUGGACGUGGCCGGACAGCUGCGCAAAGCCAAGUCGUCCCGGCGCAACGCGUGGGGUAACCUGUCGUACGCGGACCUGAUCACACGCGCCAUCGAGAGCACGCCCGAAAAAAGACUCACCCUGUCUCAGAUCUACGACUGGAUGGUCCGCUACGUCCCUUAUUUCAAGGAUAAAGGAGACAGCAACAGCUCGGCCGGCUGGAAGAACUCCAUACGCCACAAUCUGUCACUCCACACUCGUUUCAUCCGUGUGCAGAAUGAAGGUACGGGGAAGAGCUCCUGGUGGAUGCUGAACCCUGAAGGAGGCAAGGCAGGGAAAGCACCCCGGCGACGGGCUGUCUCUAUGGACAACAGCACCAAGUACCUGAAGAGCAAAGGCCGGGUGAACCGCAAGAAAAUGGUUGGAAGAGCAGGAUUGGGCUCGGUGGCCCGGGUGGCAUUCCAUGGCUCCCCAGAGCAGACCAGCCCAACAGGAAAGCCUGGGACAGGAGCAACAAGUGUAGGGGAAGAGUUUGAGACAUGGACAGACCUCCACUCUCGGGCCAGCUCGGCAGCUUCCACACUUAGUGGACGUCUGUCACCUAUUAUGGCAGAAGGGGAGCUGGAGAACCCAGAGGAGGGGCGGCUAUCCUGCUCCGCAUCGCCACGUCUCUACCCUAGUCCCUCCAGCACCCGCUCCCCGGCGGCACACUGCCCUCCUGUGGAGCUGCCACAGCUAGCAGAUCUCACUGGGGCCAUCAGCCUGGAAGAAGGGUACCAUCACCAGCCACCACGCCACAAGCGCCCUGCCUACCACUACAGCAGUGGGUCAAAGGCCCAGGGAUCCUACUGCAGCCCCAUAUAUGGUCAACCAGGUGUUGGCAUGCUGCGCCAUCAUUCGCCCUUGCAGACCAUCCAGGAGAACAAGGCCUCCAGCUUCUCUGGCAACUUGCAGACCUACUCAGGCACAAAUGCCUUGCAGAGUCUACUUACUGGAGGCCCACAAUACUGUGCUAAGGACUUGAUGCUUGGCCAGGAGCAUGAUGCCAUGAUGGUUCCUCCUAGUAAUGGAACCCACAGCCACCAUCAUGGCCACAACAGCCACAAUGGCACACACAAUCACAAUCCUGCUCAUAGCCACAAUGGUACCCACAGUCAUAACCAGCCACACAUCUCUGCUUCGAAUGCAGCAGCCAAUCCUGCUCACAGCAUGAAUCACAGCCUGGGCCAGAACCAUCGGCCUCAUGGCCCUGCCACCCUUAGCCGACCCAGCGCUGGCCACAUGCAACCCUACAACCAUAAAGCUCCAUACCUGUACAGUCCUCCAGCUCAUGCACACCUCCCUGCCUCCACCACACUGCCCCCAAACCCUGCAGGCAUGCAGGGUGUCCCUCAGGACUCCUGCCAUUUGGCCACUGCCCCACACCCUCGCCACAACACUUUUCCAGGCCCACACCAGCAAGCCAUGGCCGAUGGUCCGUACCAUCAAGCUCAGGGCAUGGGGGGAGGAGGUAGUGGUUACCAAGGCUACCACCACCCCCACCACCCUUACCCCCACGAGCGGCUGCCAGCAGACCUGGAUGUGGAUGUCUUCCAUGGCAGCCUGGACUGUGAUGUGGAGUCUGUCCUCCUCCAUGACAUCAUGGACUCAGGAGAGGAGAUGGACUUUAACUUUGAUUGCUCCCUGGCACAGGGCAUGGGCAUCGGGAUGGGUAUGGGCAUGGGCGUAAGCAUGGGCCUUGCAGGCCCACAGCAGAACCACAGCAACCAGAGCUGGGUGCCUGGCUGAAACCCCCACACCUGCCCUGCCAUGAACAUUCUCAGAGACCAAACUUUCUGCAGGCCUCCUUAGAGGGGAGAUGCACUGUGCUUGAUUCACACAUUCCUCAAAUAAAGGACAAGAAUCCAGAAGACAUUCCUUAGUUUCACUUUCUGAGUUUCUGUCUUACUUUGCCUGCUCAUCUAUCUGUGUGCUGUUCUGAAACGUGUGUCCCCCUUUUAUCCAGUACACACAUCUGUUACACCCCGCUUAACGUCAACCACUUUUGCUCUUGCUGACAGAACGUGAUGACAAUCUCGACUGUGUUGCCCAACAUUGCCUUCUUCUCCAGUCAAAACUAAACUCUUGAGCACUUUAACUGCGUAAAACAAAUCCGUAUCUCACUCUCACAAUGGGGAGCUGGCUCCCGGGCGGCAGGAGCUGUAGCUGGCAUGUUGUUUGCUGCACAAGUGGGAAAAUCUCACACCCAUAGGGGGCCUGUAUGCAGAAAAAAAUGAAACAGAUUUCUCUGUUUAGAGAGGAGUUUCAGAGGUUUAGUUCUCAGAGGUAGUUCAGCUUGCUUAUUGACAGAGUAGCCUCCACUACUUUUAUUUUCAUUAAUUAAAUCCCACAUUGUUUGAGAACUAGGCAUUUGCCCUGUUUGGUUAACCUUUGCUUAAUCAAAAUCUGAUUUUGAUUGCAUAACUUAUGAUAACUGAUAACCAUACAUUUUUUCAAUAAUCUAAUUUUAAAUCUCAGUAAGCUAGUUUGUAACCUAGUCCCUUAUUUUUAACAAUCUGAUUCUGUCUGAUAGUUGCACUUCUUUUAAUGAGCCUUCGGACAACUCUACUUUAAUUGAAAUAAAGAUAAGCAGAAAAUUUCCUUGUUUUCUUGUUCUCUGUCUGUGUUAGAGCUCACCUCUUCUCCACGGCGAUAGCUUCAGCUCCCCUGCCAGCCCAGACCGGCCCAUCAUCCUUCACUGGCCCAUUAACGGUGGCUUGAUUGAAAUUCAGCGUCUUGUUUUUAAUCUCCAAAGUGAUGCUGCAGUGAUGCAUCAUUAUUGCAGAUUGAAUACAGCCCCCCCCACUAGGCCUCUCCUCCCUCUCUCACAUAAUGUGUUGAGUGAUGGGCAUGAUUAACACACAGUCAUCCCGCACUCAGGGAGUCAGUAGCAUUGUCCGUCUGUCCAGAAUAGGACACGCAAGCACGGAGAAAAUAUGAUGUGACAAAAGAGCAAGGCUUUAGUUUCCCAUUCUUUUAAGCUAAAACUGUUUUGAUUCUACAAGACAGUUUGGUCUCUCCUCUGUGUGGCUGAAUUGGGAAGUGUUGUGUUGUGUAGUAUCGCCAUGUCUGCUUCCCUUUUAUGGGUUUCUUUUUGAGGUGCUAUACGUCAGGCAUACUUUUGACCAGGUGUGAUUUUUAAGUCUGUAAUCAGAGACCAUGAAAACAUCUGUCAAAAUUUUGAUCUGUUUUCUUUGUUGUCCUCUGUUUGUAAAAGAAAAAAAAGGCAAACAAAGUUGAAAAGGGCUUGAACAGGGAAUGGUUUGUUAUAGUGGUUAGAUCAGCGAAAGAACCCUUGCCUCUUCCAUGCCUUCUCUCAUCCUAGCUGUGUGCGUGUAUGUGUGUGGUCUCUAUAGCUACAGCACCACACUCCCCCUGAGCCCCUGUCCCUCUCCCCCUUAAGCACGGCUCUGCUCCAUAAAGCAGGCGGGAGGGAAAUGGGGCGCGUCAUUAUGGCAAAAGGUCAAGGAUAGCUCACUCCAUCAAAACUCUCACUCAGAUAAACGCUACUCAGCCGGCCCGGGUUUUGUGAUGCUAAUCUGUGACGCAGUGGGAGAUCCCACAUACAAUUUUCGAUGUCAUUAUUUAAUAUUUGUCCUAGUCUUCUGAUAUGUCAGACCACACACUGCGUCCCCUGCUUUGCCUGUUAACCACAGCCCUGUGUGAGCUCCAUCACUGCAGUACCUGCCACUCUGACUGACUCAUCGGACGUAGUGCUUAAAAGAAGACGUGUCAAUGCUGAUAUCAGAAUAGUAAGCUCUAAUAUUAAAUAUUUAAUAUAUAACAAACGACUUAUAAUGUUAUUGUAUGGAAGCGAGGACUGACUUAUGUGUGUCCCAACUCCCUCCUUCCUCUUGUGUGAUCACUCUUUCUUUAUUGUUCCAUGACCUUUUAUUUUGUACAAAAAUCUAUAUAUUGAGAAUAUUGUAUUAUAGUUUUUAAGAUGGAAAA